CAGUGGUCAGAGCAUCUCGGCUGGCCGUGGAAAUAGGACGGCUGAAACACGCGCGCCAGGACAACGCGAUUCCUGAAAACAACAUUGACACGUGACCGUCGAAACACCGUCAAAAGUGCACAUGUGCUCGCCGCCCCCUCGACACGCAUUCAAGGCCACCAGGAUACUUUUUUAGUGUCAGUGUCAGUGCGAAAAUUGGUAAAUUUUCUCCGAGGGCAAAAAAAAAUUCAGUGCGUGAUGGUGGUGUUGUAUUCGGGAUGAUAGAGGUACGUUUUUGUGAUGGCGUGUGUAAUUCCAACAACACUAUAGCGAUUGUGUCGUGGGUAGGAGAAAAUGUCGAUUGAACUUCUCGCCAUCAUCGACUCCCAUUCACUGAAGAAUUUUUACGUACGUUACCACACAAGGGCGUCCGGGUGGCGAACAUGUGAUGCGCCGCGAUGCCCACAUUGUCCGCGGCGACUGAGCUGAGUCUCGGCGGCCGCACCUCGCGGCAGAAUCACCAUUCCGACUCCGCCGCCGCCGCGAUGAGUCCCGAACAGGAGGCGAGUCCGCCGCCGGCAGCGCCCGGAGCAUCGCCGCCGCCGCCGCCCCCAACCCGUCUGCCAUCGCCCGCGAUGUCCCACCAAGACACCUCGGACGUGGAGCAGUUCUCCGGCAAGAUCGUCUACAACCCGGACGGUUCCGCUUACAUCAUCGAGGACUCGGAGAGCGACGGCGAAAGCCAACCCGUCGUCCCCGAGGUGGUGCCACCGCUUCAAGCCGUCUACGUCUCCCGUUUACUCCGGCAAGCUGCCCGCCCCACUGAACUGCCCGCCGUGCACAGCUACCGCGUGGUGGCGCUGCGCGACGCCCGCCCCCCACGGCCCGCCUCCGUGCCCGUCAAACCCAUCCUCAUGUGUUUCGUUUGCAAGCUGAGUUUUGGCUUUGCGAGGUCUUUUGCCAAUCAUGCCCAGGCUGAACAUGGGGUGACGUUAAAAGAGAAUGAAAGAGAAGUGUUGGCGGCGGACUGUUCGGCGAUUUUGCAAUGUGUGGGGGCGGAAAAAAGGCCAGUGGUGUCACUGUUGGAGCCUUUGGGUCCCAGUCAGGAGAACCACCAGCAGGCGUCGGUGACGACGGUGCAUAAUAGACAAGAAGGACCGUCGCCGCAUUCGGAAACACCACCGUGCUCAUCGUCGAGGAAUACUCCAGGAAAAUCGCCGUCGCCACCUUUUGCACCACCUCCGGCGUUUAUGACGGGAACCACGAUAGGUGUCUGUCCGGAGCAUCUCCAAGGACGACCAUCGGGAGUCGAGUGUGCCAGAUGUGAAAUGAUUUUAGCAUCGGGAAGACUGGGACCAGCAGGUUUAGCUAAUGUCCACAGCAGGAAUUCCUGCAAGACUCUCAAAUGCCCGAAAUGCAAUUGGCAUUACAAAUACCAAGAGACUCUCGAGAUACACAUGAAGGAAAAACAUCCCGAAGCUGAAACUAGUUGUAUUUAUUGCAUAGCCGGCCAACCUCACCCUCGAUUAGCUCGGGGAGAAACCUACACCUGUGGGUACAAACCGUACCGCUGCGAAGUCUGUAAUUAUUCAACGACGACCAAAGGCAACCUCAGCAUCCACAUGCAAUCCGACAAACACCUCAACAACAUGCAAGAACUCCAAAACGGGGGCGCCCCCAACACAGAAUCGCGGCAAUCAUCCCCAAAAGCACCCCCUCUGCACCACUCUCCGGUCAGUUCCGGCCACAAACCCAAACCCAACUUCCGGUGCGACGUCUGCAACUACGAAACGAACGUAGCUCGCAACCUCCGCAUCCACAUGACUUCAGAAAAACACACCCACAACAUGUUAGUCCUCCAACAGAACGUCAAACACAUGCAAACCCUCUCCGCGUUGCACCACCAACACCCUCCUCAACAGCACAUGGAGGGCCUCUACGGCAUGUACCCCCUGGGGGACAAACCCGAGGCGGCCCUCGCCGACAUGGCCUACAACCAAGCCCUCUUAAUCCAAAUGAUGACCGGUGGCCAACUGCCGGGCCCCGAUAUGUCGGCCCACUCGGACCUGGGGCUCAACCCCGAGACCAUGGAACCGCCCCCCGAGCCCGCCGACCCCGACCCGGACCGCACCUACCAAUGCUGCGUGUGCAACGUCUUCUCCAGCGACAGCCUCGAGGAGCUGGGCCGGCACCUGGGGCAGGACCGGACCCGCCUCCGGGAGCAGGAGAUCCUCGCCAUGGUGGCCGGUCACUACGUGUGUAAAUUAUGCACGUACAAGACCAACCUGAAGGCCAACUUCCAGCUGCACUGCAAGACUGAUAAACACCUCCAGCGGCUCCAGCAUGUCAACCACGUGAAAGAGGGAGGACCGAGGAACGAGUGGAAGUUGAAGUACGCGUCGGCUCCGGGCGGCGUGCAAAUCCGAUGUAACGCGUGCGAUUAUUACACGAAUUCGGCGCAUAAGUUGCAGUUGCAUGCGGCGGCGGGACGUCACGACGCCGGCGUUGCGCUGCUGAAGCACCUGGUGGAGCGGUGCGCGGCUUUGAGACAGGACCAACCGAGAGUGUUUCAUUGUUCCUUGUGCGGGUUUUCGGCGGCGAAUCGGCUGCCGCUAUUGCAGCACGUGCGAUCGUUGAAACAUCUACACAUGGAACAGCUACACCAGUUACAGAGACGAGCCGAAGGAAAAGAGAAUUCGCCCGAUAUCGGAGAGGUGUUCCACGUCGUGCCAGGACCGAUCGACCAGCAGAAAACGCCCGAGCGUCGCGACAGCGUAAACUCGGAUCUCAGUCAAGUCGACUCCAGCCGCGACCCCAUCAAAUCCGAACCUCGCGAAGACAACGAAGAGCCCUCAUCCGAAUCCUCUCCUCAGCACCACGUGUGUCCCUAUUGCGAGUACAGCAGCGAUUCGGAGAUGCGCAUCCAGGCGCACGUCCUCGCCCAGCACGGCACCAGCGCUUCCACGGACUCGCACGCGUUCCAGUGCCCCCUCUGCCAGGACUCCUUCAAGGAGCGCUCCAGCCUCGAGCGCCACGUGAUGCAAAUCCACUCGGUGAACUCGGAGGGGUUGCAGCGGCUGCUGAUGCUCGUCGACCAGAGCCACUGGCUCAACAGCGGCGCCAACCCCCACGUCUCCCCCACGUCGGUGUCUUCCAAGGACUCGAAGCAGGAGCACGAGAAGAGCGACGAGGGCCUGCUGUCGCCGAGCGAGGACAACAACGAGCUCGAGGCGGAGCGCUGCGGGACGUGCUUCAAGACGUUCAAGAAUAUCGACGAGUUGUGUCUACACCAGAACGAGACGGGGCACCUGGAGAUCAAGCAGACGCCGUCGGGGCCGGGAUACGUGUGUUGGAAGAAAGGGUGCAAUCAGUUUUUUCCGACGGCCAACACGCUGCAGAUGCAUUUCAAAGACGUGCAUGCGAAAAAUUCCAUCACGAAUAUGUCGGUGUCGGAGAAGCACGUGUAUAAAUAUCGGUGCAACCAGUGUUCGUUGGCGUUUAAGACUUUGGAGAAGUUGCAAUUGCAUUCGCAGUACCAUAUGAUCAGAGAUGCGACCAAGUGUGUACUGUGUGGGAGGAGUUUUAGGUCGCUGGUGGCUUUGCACAAGCAUGUCGAGAGUGUUCAUUCGGAAUUGACUGACGAAGAACUGAGUGCGUAUAAACAGAGUUUGAUGAAUAAUCCGCUGCUUUUGGCCGGAUUACAAGGACAAGUUUUGGAUAGUUCGACGAACGAUAUUUUGAAAAAGGAGUCGCUUGUUGGGGAAGAAGAGCCAAUGGAAUGCGACGACAGUAAAGAGAUGAAUACCAGCCACGACGAUAGUAAUCAAAACGAUGGGGAAAAUUCGGAUGAUAGUAUUAUUUAUAAAGAUCAACAGUUCCUAGAAGACUACCUGAAUAGUCAAGCGAUCGCUGAAGAUAGUUACAACGAUCCGAAUAGAAAAUACAAAUGUCACCGUUGUAAAGUAGCGUUCACGAGACAAAGUUAUUUGACCGCUCAUAAUAAAACCCUUCUACACCGAAAAGGUGAAAAAUUGAGUUAUCCGAUGGAAAAGUACCUGGACCCUAAUAGGCCUUACAAAUGCGACGUUUGUAAAGAAAGUUUCACGCAAAAAAAUAUACUCCUAGUCCAUUACAAUUCAGUUAGUCAUUUGCACAAAUUAAAGCGAGCGAUGCAAGAACAACAAAACAACAAUAAUAACCCGGCUGUGUCCCCCGUCAUAGGAAAUCAAGCUCAGAAUUUGACUCUGACACCUAAAAGUACUUCGAGCGAAGAAGACGACAAGAAGAGGUACCGAUGCAAUAUCUGCAAAGUGGCGUACACGCAAGGAAGUACUCUGGACAUUCAUAUGAGGAGUGUUUUGCAUCAAACGCGUGCUAGUAAACUGCAGGACUUGGCGAUGGCAGGGCAGAUAGACCUCUCGAAGCCGUUGAUCGAGCAGCCCGAUGCCUUGCAGUCUCCGAAACAAAGCAGCCCCGUCCCGGGUGGAGGGGAGAAGACAUCUCCCACCCCGGGUUCACCUGGGACAGCAGGUAGCCAAGGGAUGAUGAGCUGUCCGAAAUGCGGUGCCGUUUUCGGUUCGCAAGAGCAGUUGAGUGCACACCAGCAGCUGUACUGCAUGUUUGCGGCGCCGAUGGCCAUCUUUCAAUCGGCGCAAGAGCCUGGCCAGGCCAAAAGUCCGCCUCCUGGGGAACACGAGGACGCCGUCCUCCGACUAAGCAUGCCCAAGAAGACGGGCUCACACAUGUACAAGCACUUGCUGGAAAGCUUCGGCUUCGACUUGGUGAUGCAAUAUAACGAGAGCCACCAGCGGCGCCAUCAGCGCCAAGAGGAGAAGGCCCGCACGCCGCCCCCGGAGCAGCCCCCCGAGGCCAAAGCCGAGGACGACGCCGAAAGCACCUUACCCGAAGUAAGUAGAUCCACGUGCCAACAUUGCAAUAAAGAGUUCUCUAGCGUGUGGGUGUUAAAGUCUCACUGUGAAGAAGUACACAAAGAUUUAGUGCCACUAGAAUUCUUAGAACAGUAUGCCCAACAGUUCAAGAACGAAUACGAAAAGAAAACGGUGGUUGUGACGGCGGCGACGUCUUCGACGAUAAACAGCCAGCCCCGGGUCGCGACGCCCGCCGUCUCCAGUCCGGGCGCCGACGCCACGCCGGAAAAGGACGACGAGUCCAAAGACGCUUUGCACGCCAAGCUUAGCCUGCAGACACCCCCGGAGGCGGCCUCCACGGCGCCGUCGACGCCGACGUCGUCGACGACGCCGGCGAGCAGCACCGACUCGCUGCCGGCCAACAUUCAAGCGAUGAUCGCGCAAACGAUGCAAAAUCCGAUGGCCUUAGCCCAACAAAUGACAGAAAUGCAAGCUGCUCUCAACGUUAUGCACUUGCAACAGCUCAAUUUAAAUCCCAUGAUGCAAAUGAUGGGCAUGGGGCUGCCUCUAGGGCUCAAUGCUCUCGCAGCGAUGAAUCUCCAGCCGCCGCUAGUGCCCCUUAUGAUGCCGCCGCCUCCCUACGAUCCCAUGGCGCAAUUCGGACCGCAAGACCAGCAGGCGAUGAUGGCCAAGCAGCAGGCGAUGAUGCAGCAACAAGCGGCCGUUAACGCUGCUGCGAAUCAGAAGCGCGCAAGAACGCGCAUCACCGACGAUCAGUUGAAAAUUUUGCGAGCGCACUUCGACAUAAACAACUCACCAUCAGAGGAACAGAUCCAUGAGAUGGCAUCGCAGAGCGGCCUUCCGCCCAAAGUCAUAAAGCAUUGGUUCAGAAACACGCUCUUCAAAGAGAGACAACGAAACAAAGACAGCCCGUACAACUUCAACAACCCGCCUUCGACCACACUCAAUCUGGAAGAAUACGAAAAGACCGGAGAAGCCAAAGUCAUGCCUUUAAACAGCUCCGGGAGCUCCACGGAAGACACGAGUAAAAAAAGCACCACUCCGGACACGAAAGAAAUCAAAACCGAAAAAGAAGAACCCUCAGAUGAACCGCAAAAAUUUGAAGACAAACCCCAAGAAACCAUCGACGAAAAACCCAACAUUUUCAAUCUCCCACCCCAAAGUCCCGCAACCUCGGUCGCAAGUUCAGACAAUCUCAACCUGUCGCAAGUCAGUGCCCCUUCCACUCCUAACAACCUAACCCUAACUUCAAUCAUCGCGUCACAACUCGGGGACACUCUCACCACAAGCACCCCAGCAAUGAACAUGUCGACAUCGACCACCCAUCAUGGGCUAACAAGUCCAAUGCUACCACCACCAAAACUCAAUCAGCAAAAUUUUCCCAACCCCAACAACCUUCAAGCCAUGCUCCCCCUAACCCCAAACCGAUGUCUCAGUCCGAAUCGCGACUACAAUAACCAAAGUCAAGGUUCGUGCGGCUCCACCGGCAAAAGGGCAAACAGGACGAGAUUCACCGACUAUCAAAUCAAAGUGUUGCAAGAAUUUUUCGAAAACAACGCUUAUCCCAAAGAUGACGAUCUUGAAUAUUUAUCGAAAUUAUUGAAUUUGAGUCCCAGAGUGAUUGUCGUUUGGUUCCAAAACGCCAGACAGAAGGCACGAAAAGUCUACGAGAACCAACCGGCAGCUGAACCAGCACCCGGAAUCGGAGACGAAAGCGGUGCCAAUCGAUUUCAGCGCACACCGGGACUGAACUAUCAGUGCAAAAAAUGCCUCCUCGUGUUCCAAAGAUACUACGAAUUGAUCCGACACCAAAAAACCCACUGUUUUAAAGAAGAAGAUGCGAAGAGAUCGGCGCAAGCACAGGCUGCCGCAGCCCAAAUUGCCGCUGUUUUGAGUUCCGAAGAUUCGAAUUCGAGUACAAUCGUCGAACAGUCGCAACAACAGCAACAACAAAACAACAUCCAACACAGUCCUCAGCUACAAAACCCAUCGCAAAGUCCCAUCCAACCCAAUCCUUCAACAACCCCUACUUCGAACAGUGGUACCUAUCCGUCGUCACCAUCAGCGAGCGACAAUAACAAAGAGGGUACCUUUCAAUGCGACAAGUGCAAUCUGGUUUUUCCCCGAUUUGAUUUAUGGCGGGAACACCAACUCGUUCACAUCAUGAAUCCGAAUUUAUUUCCGACAUAUCCUCCCGAUUCCCCUUUUGGGAUUCUCCAACAGCACGCCCAACUGCAACAGUUGAACGCGAAUCUGGGGGACAUGGCCAAAAAUUCGGGACAGAAUAUUCAACAUCCGCUGAUGAACAUGUUGAAUAAUGUGGCGGGGCCAAAGCGGAAGCUCGAGGAGUUUGAGGUUGAGAGCGAUACUUCCGAUCAGCCGAAAGAUAAAAGAUUGAGAACGACAAUUUUGCCCGAACAGUUGGACUAUCUGUACCAAAAGUACCAAAUCGAGAGUAACCCUUCGAGGAAAAUGUUGGAGAACAUUGCACGAGAAGUCGGGUUAAAAAAAAGAGUGGUGCAAGUUUGGUUUCAGAACACGAGGGCUAGGGAACGAAAAGGGCAAUUUCGGGCGCAUGCACAAGUAAUCAACAAGCGAUGCCCCUUUUGCCCCGCACUAUUCAAAGUGAAAUCAGCGCUAGAGUCUCAUUUGACGACGAAACAUGCGGCUAGAGGGGAAGUCAACAUUGACGCCCUCCCCGAUGAGGAAGUUAGUCUAGAGUCGUCUCCUAGUCUUAGUUCAGGUGGUGACAACAAGUUCCAACAAAAUCCGAAUAUGAUGCCCCCACUUUUUCCCACUUUGCACCCAGAUAUGGAAAACUCCAUCAAAAAGUAUUACGAGGAGAGUAUGAAACGCUACAUUAGCGAACUGCAAGCGCACGCUUCGUCCUCAAAUGGUGAUAAAAGUGAAAUCAAAUCAGGGAAAGAAGAGGGAGAGAUUCCUCUUGAUCUGUCGAAACCUGUGGAUUUAUCGCGACCGAUGAAAGUCUCACUAGACCACGAACGAACAAUUUGUGAUCCUGGCCCUUUGACCGAUUUAAGCGAACGGUCACUCUGUGACGAACGAAGCGAUUCGAUGUCUGAAACCACCGAAAUUUUCGACGACGAAAGCAACCCCACGUCCCCCGCCAGCAGCACCCAAAGUAACACUCAACGCCACCACAACAACACCGGCACCAAGCGAUUUCGCACCCAAAUGUCCUCCAUCCAAGUCAAAGUUAUGAAAUCCCUUUUCUCCGACUACAAGACUCCCACAAUGGCCGAAUGCGAGAUGUUAGGCCGCGAAAUUGGACUCCCCAAACGCGUCGUUCAGGUGUGGUUCCAAAACGCGCGCGCUAAAGAGAAGAAGAGUAAAAUCGCCCUGCAGAAAGUGCUCGGAGCCCCCGAUUCCGACAACCCGGUCCUUCCCGAAGACUGCAAGUUUUGCAACUUCAAAUACUCGCACAAGUACUCCAUCCAAGACCACAUUUUCACCAAGAGCCACAUUGCUAACGUUAAAAUGCAUCUGGAGAACACGAGUAAGGAGAACGAGGGCGAGUUCACGGUGCCCCCGCUUCCUGGGGCGUCCUCAGUCAGUGCAGACUCGACGACGAAUCCUCCACAAAACCUCAACAACAACACCCACCUCCAACUCCUCCAAAUGGCCGGGAUGCAAGUCCAGAAGGGAGAACAGGAAGAAAAUUCCGAGACGUUAUUCCAGCAGUUGUACGCGUUGGGGAAUAACGCCAACUACGGGGUACAAAACCAGUACAUGCACCAUUCCAUGUUCGGGGCUAACGGGGGAGCCGGAGGACUGCUUCUAGACACCGGUUCCGGUCCGUCGUUCCUGCCGCUGCCCGCGCCCGUCCUCGACCAAGUGGCGGCGGGCAACUCCGAGCCCGGCGUCACGUCCCUAAAACUGCCCGAACCGCCGCAACAGCAGCAGAAGCCCUCGGACGUUUCAAUCCGCGAGACGGACGUGGAGGUGUGCUUCGUGUGCAAGAAGUGCCGUCUGGCGUUUCCGGGCGAGUCUCCCCUGCUGGUGCACCAGCGCCAGUGCUACGGGGGUAACCAGGAGGGUCGCGGCGCCUUCCGCAUCGUGCAAACGGGCUACGAGUGCAAAACGUGCAGCGGCGGCGAUCGCUUCAAAUCCCUGCUGGAGUUGCGGCGGCACUGCGACUCCGAGGCCCAUCUCAAGGCCAAGCUGCCGCCGCCGCCGGAGUCGCCGCUCAGCCACGAGAUGGAGGACGUCGUCAACCAGAUCACGCUGCUGGCGGCGCGGGCGGCGCAAGAGGCGGCGCCCGACCCCAACGCCAACACCUUCGAGCGCAAGGGGCGGUUUCUGCCGCCGCCGCCCGACGUCGCCGCCGCACAGCCCCUCACCACCGGACACUAAUAGGAACAACAGGACACGAGAACGCCAACUACCACGUAAUAAGCAAUUUUUCGAAAUCAUAUUUACAGCUGAUUCUAUAUUUUUGAACGUUAUCUCAUGGGAUAUGAUAAUAUGUUUUUUCUUUUUUUCGUUUUAAUCGUAGAUGUGUCAGUGUAGUUGUGUAUUAUAUGUUGUAUAGUCGAGUAGGUCCGAUGAUUCCUAUUGCAACGUAUAGUUACUAUGAGUUGUGCGCGCGAUCCCAGUCGAGGUCACGUGUCGGUCACGUGUCAAGUCAUAUGUAUAGUGGUGGCUUGACGUGACUUGACCUGACCGAUGCGGGCCGGACAGGGCCAAGUUCCUCACUUUCUGUGUAUAUCAAACUGCGACAAUGUUCCUAUCGAGAUGUAGAUAAACUGCAUGCGGCGCCCAGGAGGGUCCACGGGCUCCUGGAGCCCAGUAAAACAAGUUCCUAUCGGCCACGUUCCUACAGUUCCUCAAAACGACUCGCAACGGACGUGGCCGCUUUUUUAUUCAUUAUUAUUAUUAAAAAAGAAAAAAACGAUAAAUUAUUAAAGCAAAAAAAACUUUUAUUAAUUAUUGACACUAAUUAUUAAAAAAGAAAGAAAAGUUGAUAAGGCAAAUGCUGUAUUUAUCAUAUUUAUGUAUAUGUAACUAUAUCAGCUGGUAAGAGAACACGGACGCCCGCUUUCAUGGUCUCACCCAAAUCCACCCUCGUGCCAGCAGUGAAAUUGGUUCCUACUAAUUACUAAUAAUCGAUACGGUGUUUUAAGUAAUAAUAGUUAUUAUGUUUUAAAAAAGUUGGUUUUCACCGGCAUUGUACGUAUAUAUAGUAGUAGAUAUAUAUUUAAAAUUUUAAAUAUAUUCUAGGUUACGUAUCCAAAAUAACUCAAAACUGGGAAAUACUUCGGUAUGACCUGCCUCGCAUCUAGUGAGUUUCUUUGGAACUAAGUGUGAUUGUUGAUAUAGCUCGGUUCUGGGACCGCCCCCGGCCCGUCCGUCCCCCGAUCCACCUCCCACUCCCCCGUGUCGCGUCGGGGGCGGCCCCAGCUCCAACUAGCAAUGCUAAGUGAAUGUGACACGUGGGUCACCACGCCCACUCUGACGUAUUACACGAUUAUUAUUACUAUUCAUAUUAUUAUAUUAUUAUUGCUAUGUAUAGAGCAGUCAGUGUGUAUUUAUUGACUUUGUUUGAGUACUGCUGGACUCGGUCCGCAACGUGGUUCCUAAUCUAUUUCAUAUCGCAGAUGUUGACUUUUUAUACAUUUCUCUCCACUUCUUUCGCUCUCUAAUAAUUACCUACUGAAAAUCUCAAUACUCGCUCUCAUACAUAACGCUUCAUCUGUUUACAAAGAUGCAGAACUACUAACACGCAUGCUCUUCCCCCUCCAUCCUUGUAUUUUCCCGCUCCGAUUUUGAAUUUGUUUUACUGGUCCCAUGUUAUUUUUUGUUUUUGUGUGUGUGUACAUAUCGUUUAUCAAUCAACGUCGCCCUCCGGACCCUCUUUUGUUGUUAUUGUUUUAUCCUGCGUGCAGACAUCUCGUCCCAAGCCCCAAUGACCGGCUUAUCGUUCGAAUUUGAUUUUAUUUUUUGUAUAGCCAGUAUGUAUCAUAAGGACAUAUCCGUUGCAUCUUUGUAAAUAAAUCACUCGCGCUGAUGACAAUGUAGGUCUAAGUGUUGACGCCUGUAUAAAUUAUUUUAAGGUUAGCUUUUAUUUUAGAUGAUGAUUUAUUUACGUUCGCCGCGUAAGACUUGACAAACAGUGAUUUAGGUUAAGUUUUACAUAAAUCUUGCAUAGAUAAAACUAAUUUAUUUUUCUCUCCCCACCGAUUUUGUGAUGUAAAUAUUUAAUUAUUUAAGUUUUUAAUUUUAAACUUUUGCGACUGCGUAUGUGUGAGAGAGUGACCGCUCGGUUUUUGCGAAGCGGUUUGCCGCUUCGUCGCUAUGCUGCUACCAACUAAAAUACUGUUUUAUUUAAAUAAAUGAAGAAGUGAAAAUUAUUUGUUCAUAAUUGUUAUGGAUGCUCUGAUUUUUUAUACAGUUUCAUAUUGUGAGCUGACAAAAUAAUGUGGAUUGUUUUUUAUUUUCUCAUUUUUAUACAAAGAAAAUCUCAUUUUUUAUUUCAAACAACAAAACCUACAAUAAACAAAGAUUCCGUUAUUUUUUCAGACAAAACUGACGAUGAAUAUUAAUAAUAAUAAUUACUAGGUAAAUGUUUGUAUCCUACGGCUUAAGCCGCUCUCAAUUUGUGAGUGUAUAUGAAAGUCAAAAUAAACUACAUAGUUUAUCAUAAA